ACGUCAAACAGUUACCCUCUACACCCCAAGCGGGACGUCGCCGUUAGCGGCGAUCAUCCCCAACCCCGAUAUUCGAAAGUCUUCCUUCAGUACGCUCGUGAACGUCGGACGUCGAAGAUUGGAAUGACUCGUUCGCGGAUAAAUACGGUUCACCUGUGACAGCGCAGUUUUCCAAGGACUUACGGACAGCGAGGAUAUUUUGUGUUGACACAGUUCGCAGGAUACAAGUGUUAGAUUCGGUGCAUAAAUGGUGGAUUAUUAUAAUUACAAGAUGUCCGGCAGUGAAGAGGAGCACGAGGCUCACGCGCAGCCCGAGAUGACCAAGGCGGAGUUGCGGAAGAGCAACAAGCCGAUCAUGGAGAAGCGUCGCCGCGCGCGUAUAAAUCAGUGCCUGGACGAGCUGAAGAGUCUGAUCCUGGAGGCGAUGAAAAAAGACCCGACGAGGCAUUCGAAGCUCGAGAAGGCCGAUAUCCUCGAGAUGACGGUGAAGCAUUUACAGGCGGUACAACGGCAGCAAUUGAGCACGGCGGUCGCUACCGAUCCGGCGGUGUUAACGAAAUUCCGUACCGGAUUUUCUGAAUGUGCUACCGAAGUAUCGCGGUACGUCAACCACCUCGAGAACGUCGAUCCGGUUGUCAAGCAACGGCUGGUAUCACAUUUGAACAAUUGCGUCAGUAAUCUCCAGCAAAUGGCGCCCUUCUACAGCCACUACGUGCCCUACAUGCCGGAACGCCUCUACCCAGAGGUGAAGGUCGGUUUCCAGAGCGAUUUCCAGAAUGGCGACGAGAAUAAUAACGGGAGCGCCAGGAUACAGAUACCGAACGGCGUUCAGUUGAUACCGAGUCGACUGCCGACCGGUGAGCUGGCUCUUUUGGUCCCACAAUCGGCCAACAUCUCCGCGAAUUUUCCUUUCUUCCCGCCAGCCCUGGAAUCCGCAUCGAAGAUCGGCAAAUCGUCGGCCUUCACCGCUGUCCACAGGCCUCAGAGCCCGAUGUUGAGUCCAACCACGUCUACGUCCAGCUUCGGCGAGGAGAGCCAACAAUCGGAACUCUAUCCCCAGGCUCAUUCGCCCAAUCAUCAUCGAUUCAAGAUACCCGAGCAGAGUCCAGCAUCCUCGAAGAGCUUCACCUCGUCGCCGGACACCCAGAAGCCGCAAAUCAGCUCGACCAGCGACAGCAAAUCGCCGGUGCCUAUUUUCGUGGAGCCCAAGCUGGACGGGAGCUUCGCGUUGCGAAAGGAAGCCGCGGACUUGUCGGAGACAUUGAAUAGUAACGGAAUCGUGCCGAAUUUACGGCAACCGCUCUCGGUGAUCACCGAUAAGACCUACAAUCGAUCCAGCCCCGUGCCGCACAGGAGGGAGAUGGCGAAGAGACACCACUUGGACGGUCUUCUGGUAAUCUCCGAUAAAAGACCUAGGUACCAAGAAUCGAUCAGCUCAACAGUUCCCAUGGAUUCUUCUAAUGGCCCACCAAAAUCCGGGGAAGAUCAGACGGUCCCCGUAGAGGAUUUGUCGGAGAGAGCGACUGGCUCGACUAAUAGAAAUUCUAAUCCUAAUCCUCUCAAAUUUGCUGCGGUGGCCGGCCCUUCGGGCGCGAACGGCGAUAUGUGGAGACCGUGGUGAUUCAAGGACCGUCUUCGCUCGGUCUCGUUUAAGUAGAUUUUGUAUCGAGAAACCGGCCUGGAUCGCUUAGUACAAACUAUCACGAUAGAACCGAUUGCGACCGACCGCGAGAAAGUAUCCUACGACCGUAUCGUAAUCUCCGCGUCGAAUACAGUGCCUUAGGAACGACCGAUACCGUUCGCUAAUUCUUAGAGACGACUGUAACUUGUUUUAUCCCGAGUAUAUCUGUAUUUUUGGUAAUUGUAAGGUCCAGCGCAGACGAGCGAGCUUCUUCGCUUCGGAAAUACUUCGUUUGUGUCGCGUCUCGGUAGACUGAAUUUUAUUAGGCAAUGCGAGCGAUUAAAAUUUAUUAACGAGCGAAUUUUGUAUAUUUUUUCUUCCUUUUCAAUUGCCGACUUAACUCAUUCGCAGACAGCAUUAGAGUCUUAGUUUAGAAUUAAUACAAAUUUCAAUUUUCGCACAUCUGCAAUUUUCACUGUUAACCAGUCAUGAUAAACUAGUUUCUCGUUACUAAUUACUACUGGAAAUUCAUAAUCAUUAUACACCUUGCGUGAAAUUCGUCUCGAAUGGGUUAAGCAUUGAAGUAUAAACAAAACAACUGUAUUCCUCCGGCAAUCCGCAGCGAAACCGCGCAGCGGAGAUCUGUUCGUCCGCAACGGGCCCAAGACUUGUUCUAUUCAUUACCGUAAUAGGCAUUCUUACAUAUAGGUUUAGUAAAUUAAUUGUCAGUAGGGUUAAGAAGCGAUCAAUCCGAGGGAGAGCGAAUUAGCCGUUUAAGUCCGAGCCCGCGAACGCGCACAACCCUGUAAUCCUAGUAUCAGAAGACUUGCAAGCUUUAACGAUCGUUUGUACACGGUAAUGUUCUCUGUGAAUAAUGUUGUAAAUAAACGUGAACCUUAUUUAAUUUGUACCCGUAGAAAUAGGAAUUCGACGGAGCCAGACGUUUUCUGCCGAUCGAUCGAGCGGCGACCAGCUGCCCACCCCAAUCUUUAAAUUAAGCCUGUUUGUGAUAAUGUUGAAGUGUCGAAAUAAAAGUGGAGCAUACGCGACGAGGCGCUUCAAUUAAUUUUCAUUUGAUUCCGGCGGACAGUCAGCACCUGCAAAAAGA